AUGUCGAAUCUCAGCCAGAAUCCGUACUACGUUUUCGGCAUAUCGCAGCAUGUCACCGAUGCGGAGAUUCGAUCUUCGUACAAGAAGCUAUCGCUAAAGUAUCACCCCGACAAGGCGAAACCGGAAGAUGUAGCCGCAGCUACAGAGCGUAUGAAGCAGAUCAACGCUGCGUACCACAAGCUCAAGCCGGAGAAUCGGAAAGCCACAGACGAGAAGAUCAAGAAACAAUACUGGCGAGAAGAUCCGGAGCGAGCUCGCCGUGAGCAGCGAGAGCAGAAGGCAAGAGACCAACGGCGAUGGGAUGACUACAUGAAGUGGAGUGCUAAUCGACACAAGCAGACGCACGGUGGCAACCAGUGGGACGGCCAGGAUCACCACCAGAAGGCCCAAAAAGACAAGCAAGAAAGAGAACAACACGAUCAACAGGAGCGCAUCCGCCAACGGUGGGAGCAGCGCCAAAAAGAGCGCAGGGAUGAGCGCCAGCAAGCAGACGACCAGAACAAGGAGAACAUCGAACGCCAGGCCGAGGACUACUGGCGAGGCGUCUACGAAGCUAGGAAGCGCAACGAAGAGGCAAGGGAGCAGGCGUGGGCACAAUGUCGCGGUUUGGACGGACGACAUCAAGCCAUUGUCAACAGUCUGAAGCAGCGGAUAGCUCAAUAUCGCACCUUACUGCCGCUCACGCGUCUGUGCAUCUACGGAACCGACCCUCUCGCAAGAUAUACUGCACGCUCGCUUCUCGAUGACCAACAUGAUCCCCAGUACGAGCACCCUCUCCGUUCAGCAUGGACAAAGCGCAUCAACCAAGUCAGUCACCAAGUGACCAACAUCCGUUCUUGUGCGAUGUUCAACAUGGAAACCGCUACCCUCAUCGAGGAACUGAAGACCAAGAUUGAAGAACUGGAGCGCGAAGUCGCAGCGCUCCACACAACGGUAGAGGCUCUGCUCGCCGAGGAUAGAGGGAUAAGGGAAUACCAUCAAGGCUGCAACGGCGGUUGCGACUACUUCCGCAACCAAGCCGAUAACAUCGCCUUGGCAAAAGAGAUGCACGCUUCCGUAUGUCACGCACUCAACUAUCCUACCGGCGAGGUGCCGGAGUGGUUUCUUGUGGACCUCUCCAUGUUCUGGUAUCAAAGGUUCAAACGCGCGACGGAUCACAGGGCAUGCAAUUGGGCUGGCUUCUCGUGA